AUGGCAUCGGGUGCACGGCACAGCAGCACAGAGGUAGAGCUCACUCCCGAGGUGCUCGCCACGGGCGUGCUUCCCACGCUGCCUCGCCUCGACCCUGCUGUUGCCAGAGCACUCGACCGCGUGCAAGAGAAAUUCGGCUCAAAAGAACAGUUUGAGGCUGCAUUGAGUCGAGUGAAGGCGGAGGAGCCGCCUCUCUUUGUGAAGCAGCUGUUCCUCAUUCGAGGGGACCUAGAUGUUCCUCUGGACGACCCUGAUAUUGCACGCUACCUUACCAAGCUCUCAUGA